UUGGAAUUUCCCGCCACUUCCUGGGGGGUUUUUUGUUAAGUCUCUGAGCAGCCCCAUGGCUGAGAGGCAGAGGGAAGGGGCACAGCCUCCGUCCACCUCCUCCACCUCCUCCAUAGAACCCAGCAACUCCCUGGGCACCCAAACCCCCCUGGGCACCGGCCUGAAGGUCAUCUUUGAGCAUUGCACCAGCUGACGAGUGUAUCACCGCAACGCCAUGGCCCUCGUGGAGGCUUUGCGCAAGGAAUUCGGGGGCAUCGAGGUGCAGCUGAACCCGGACAAGCCUCGGAGGAACAGCUUCGAAAUCACGCUGGUGACGCAGGAGGGCAAGGAGGUGGUACUCUGGAGUGGGAUUAAAAAGGGGCCUCCUCGUAGACUCAAGUUCCCAGAUACGCAUGCGGUGUUGGAAACCAUGAGAAAAUCUGUGCAUUAAUACGGGGGAGAUGCCGGUUCUGAGCAGUUGGAGCAGUCACCGUUCGUCAGCAGUGCAGUACGAAUGACGGUGGAGUGAACAACGGGGUCUCGAAAGCCUCCUCGCUCUACCCCGAAGCUUCGGCGUGGAAGAGAGACUGCACCAAAGGGACUGCGGAGACGGCCAGCCGAUUCUCACUGGAAUUUCCCCCAGCCCCACCCCCACCCAACCCACCCACCCCCAAAG